GGGAGGAUGCCGGGGAAGCGGGGCUCGGCGGGCGGCGGCGGCGGCAGCGAGCUCCCGGGGGCCGGCGCGCCGCGGCAGCGCAGGCGGCGGAGGAAGGUCUCCUGCUUCUCCAGCAUCCAGCUCUUCCUGGUGUCCGAGUGCGCCCUGAUGCUGGCCCAGGGCACGGUGGGAGCCUACCUGGUGAGUGUUUUAACCACCUUGGAGCGGCGGUUCAACCUCCAGAGCGCCGACGUGGGCGUCAUUGCCAGCAGCUUCGAGAUUGGCAACCUGGCCCUCAUCCUCUUCGUCAGCUACUUCGGGGCCCGAGGACACCGGCCACGCUUGAUAGGAUGUGGAGGGAUAGUCAUGGCCUUGGGUGCCCUCCUUUCUGCCUUGCCUGAAUUUCUCACCCACCAGUACGAAUACGAGUCGGGGGAAAUCCGCUGGGGAGCGGAAGGGAGGGAUGUGUGUGCUGUCAACGGGUCCACCAGCGAUGAGGGACCAGACCCGGACCUUAUCUGCAGGAAUAGGACUGCUACCAACAUGAUGUACUUGCUGCUCAUCGGGGCACAGGUCCUCCUGGGCAUUGGUGCUACCCCUGUCCAGCCCCUGGGAGUUUCCUACAUCGAUGACCACGUGAGGCGGAAAGAUUCCUCCCUGUACAUAGGGAUCCUGUUUACCAUGCUGGUGUUUGGGCCAGCCUGUGGAUUUAUCUUGGGCUCCUUCUGUACCAAAAUCUACGUGGAUGCUGUCUUCAUUGACACAAGCAAGCUGGACAUAACCCCGGACGACCCGCGGUGGAUCGGAGCGUGGUGGGGAGGCUUCCUGCUCUGCGGUGCCUUACUCUUCUUCUCGUCGCUGCCCAUGUUCGGCUUCCCGCAGGCGCUGGGCCCGCGGCCGGAGCGCGCUGGGGACAGCGAGCAGGCCAUGCUGCCCGACAGGGACUGCCAGCGCCACAAGCCCAGCAACGGCGUCCUGCGGCACCCGCUGGAUGGGGACAGCACCACCAGCUCCUGCUUCCAGCAGCUGCGAGUGAUCCCCAAGGUGACCAAGCACCUGCUGUCCAACCCUGUGUUCACCUGCAUCAUCCUGGCAGCCUGCAUGGAGAUCGCCGUGGUGGCCGGCUUCGCCGCCUUCCUGGGCAAGUACCUGGAGCAGCAGUUCAACCUCACCACCUCCUCUGCCAACCAGCUCCUGGGGAUGACAGCAAUCCCAUGUGCGUGUCUGGGCAUAUUCCUGGGGGGCCUCCUGGUGAAGAAGCUCAGCCUGUCUGCUCUGGGAGCCAUCAGGAUGGCCAUGCUGGUGAACCUGGUGUCCACAGCUUGCUACGUGUCCUUCCUGUUCCUGGGCUGUGACACAGGGCCUGUGGCAGGAGUUACUGUUCCCUAUGGAAACAACUCAACUCCAACCUCAUCUCUGGACCCAUAUUCCCCGUGCAAUAACAACUGUGAAUGCCAAACUGAUUCCUUCACUCCAGUGUGUGGGGCAGAUGGGGUCACAUACUUAUCUGCCUGCUUUGCUGGCUGCAGCAGCACGAACCUCAGCGGCUGCUCGUGCCUCACCUCGGUCCCUCCUGAAAACGCCACCGUGGUUCCUGGCAAGUGCCCCAGCCCUGGGUGUGAAGAGGCCUUCCUGACAUUCCUGUGUGUGAUGUGUGUCUGCAGCAUGAUCGGGGCCAUGGCGCAGACACCGUCCGUCAUCAUCCUCAUCAGGACUGUGAGCCCUGAACUCAAGUCUUACGCUCUGGGGGUGCUUUUCCUGCUGCUCCGGUUGCUGGGUUUUAUCCCACCUCCUCUGAUCUUCGGGGCCGGGAUUGACUCCACAUGUCUGUUCUGGAGCACGUUCUGUGGGGAGCAAGGAGCCUGUGCACUGUAUGACAACGUGGUCUACAGAUACCUGUAUGUCAGCAUUGCCAUCGCCCUCAAGUCCUUUGCAUUCAUCCUGUACACAACCACCUGGCAGUGCUUGAGGAAAAACUAUAAAAGAUACAUCAAGAACCACAAAGGUGGUCUCAGCACUAGUGAGUUUUUUGCCUCUACUCUCACCCUAGACAAUCUGGGGCGGGACUCGGUGCCCCAAAAUCAACCACAUAGGACAAAAUUUAUCUAUAACCUUGAAGAUCAUGAGUGGUGUGAAAAUAUGGAGUCUGUUUUAUAG